UCUUCGCAACGUGUUCCGAUUGGUCGACGGUUGCUGUUGCCACAGUGAUAGUGUAGUAACAGAGUUGUAUCCCCGCCUCUUAUUCCUUAUAUGGAAGAGCAACACCCUCAGGGCGAGCUGUGAUUGGUCAGCGUGGGUUCUCUCCAAUGUUUGUAAAUUGUAAUCUGGAGACGCCGCUGUGUAGAUCUCAGCGCGCAAAUGUAUUUUCUAAUGUUGAUAAACUUUCCUAGUUUGGAUUUUAUUUAAAAACUACCGGUCUUAAGAAAUAGCGGGAUUGUACACCAUUGCGUCGUAGUGGAUAUCAAGGAACUGAACAAGGCAGAAAGAGAGACUACAAUGGUCAUCAGUCAGAUGGAUGCCGGUAAAGCAUUGACGGCGGCAGCAGCCAAAGGAAGCACGAGCGAGGUGCAGAGGAUCCUGGAGGAAUGCCGAGUGCACCCGGACACCCUCAAUGAGUUCGGCAGGACUGCGCUCCAAGUGAUGAUGAUGGGGAACUCCAAGAUCGCCAGUUUGCUGUUGGAAAAAGGGGCCGACCCCAACGUCCAGGACAAACACGGGAUAGCGCCCGUCCACGACGCGGCCCGAACCGGAUUCCCGGACACUCUGCAGGUGCUGGUGGAGUACGGAGCUUCGGUAAACCUCCCGGACCACAGCGGCGCCCUGCCUAUCCACAUUGCCAUCCGGGAAGGCCACAGGGAUGUUGUGGAGUUCUUGGCCCCGCGGUCCGACCUGAAGCACGCCAACAUAAGCGGCCAGACAGCGGUAGACGUUGCCCGGACCUCUUGUGUGCCUGAUAUGAUGGACUUGCUUUUUGCUCACAUUCAUAGUUAGUCAGAAGUCUGGGGGCCCUAAUUAACUUCUUUUUUGUUUUGCUUCAAACCUGGUGACUUGAAUUCAUUGCUGUGUAAAGGAUUAUUUUUUUGUUAAUAGUAGCUCUGCAUUAAUAUGUGACACGAGACAUAUUGUCCUGGCAGCUUAUUAUCAGUGGAUGGGUGGCUAUAUACAGUAGACACCUCUUUUGCACAGUGCAAUUUAGGCACCUUAUAUAUCUGUUUUCCCUUUUAAUUGGGAGUGCACAUUUGUAGAUAGUUUUCCCAGUGUUUUGUAAUUAUUGCAUUAUUUCCAUUGUGAAACAGUUGAAACCUUAUGUGUUUUUAAACACUUUUACAAAACUUGAUGUGGUGCACCCCGAUUGCUUUUCAUAGUUUUGUUUCUCAUAAGUAGAUGUACUUAGACUUUGAAUUUACUCUUAUUUAUUGUUGUUAUAGGACUGAAUAUUCCUGUGACUUUGUAAAUAGCAACAUUUAUUGUGAUUUGUUAAAAUGUUAUUUAUAUACAUAAUUUUAAAACAAAAGUGAGAUUAUUCACUUUGCCAUUUGAAGAAGCAAACACAAAAUAAAGUGUUGAACUUGAA